AGUUUCGUUGCUCAACGUAAAAUGUUGUGAGGCAUUCCCACUCAGUGGUGUUAACAAGAGAAACAACGGUUCUUUCUGGUUUUGGCCAUGGCCUUGCAUUGGCAUUACAUUUGCUUUGGGUUGCUGUUGCUGGUUCUGCUCUUUGGCCACCAAUCGGCACUGGCUAUGGAGUUCAUGGAGGAGGAGGACGAGAGGGACGACACUGUGAUGGAGGCGGAGCAAUUGGAUUCGGCUGAGAUGCCAAAACUAUUGACCACAUAUACCAGAGACACGAUAGCGCAUUUCAAUCCACACAAAUCGGAUGCUGGUUUUCGUCAAUUGUGGGAACGGAUUCCCUUGCAAAAAUCCAAAGAUGUCAUCAAGAGAUAAACGUUAUGUGAAAUUUUGUUUAACUUACUCAAAAUGAAUUCCGUUUACAGUGA